AUGCAUACGAAGAAGAAACUGAGGGAACCAGCAGUCGGUGAAUUAGUUUCCAAACGAGAAUAUUUAUUAUCGGCCGCUGGACAACAAUUCUCAGCGAAAUUGGCGCCAAAAUAUAGCGGGCAAUAUACAGUAAUAGAAAAAAUAAGCAGGAAAAUAUUCCUAAUUCAAGAUAUAGAUGGCACUGUACAGCGAGUUCAUAAACUUGGCUUAAGCCUAAAGAUGUACUGUACUUGA